AUGUCCGCUGAUGAACUCAAGGAGAGCUUCAAAAAGCUCACUCUACAAGGCUCAAAGGUCAUGGAAGCCAAUGAAGAACUCCAAGCGGCUUAUAACGCAGAGGGCGCACAAGAGCUUGCAGAAGAGGAAAAGGCUGACAUAGAAAAGACGGAGCAGGAGUAUGAGCAGAAGUCAAAUGAGCCGGCCAUAGAGCGAGUGGAGAAUACAGACCACAGUCGUCCAAUAACACUGUCCCAGCUGCCACAAUAA